AGAAAAAAGAAAGAAGUUGGUGGCGCUGCUCCGCACGAAGCACGACAAGAUAUUCCUUUCUGUCCCCCCAUUCCCCCUCCCCAACAAAAGCGUAAAAGAAGGAAAAAGAGAGAUCAUAAAAAGAACGUAAAGAAGUUCUUCGUCGUAGGAGAAGGAGGAAGAGGGUGCUCUUUCUUUGUUCUAUAUAUCUUCUUCUUCUUUGUGUAUGGAGUCGAUUGGUUGAAUAGAGAGAUGGCGUUGGUGAGCUCGCCGGUGCCGGUAUUUCUCCCGCAGCAGCAGCAGAUGGAGAGGAGGGGGUACGGGCGCACCGCGAGCGUGAAGUCGUCGGGGAGCUCGAGGAGUACUGUGCUGACGGAGAUCGAGGAGAAGCCGGCAGCGGAGGAGGAGGAGGAGGAGGAGGAGGAGGAUAAGGUGUACGUGGCGGUGGGGAAGGAGGUGAAGGAGGGGAAGGCGAAUCUAAUUUGGGUGCUUGAGAACACCUCCAGGAAGAAGAAGAUCGUCAUCGUCCAUAUCCAUCGUCCGGCACAAAAGAUUCCAAUGAUGGGAGCCUGGUUUCCUGUGAACCAGCUAAAAGAGAGAGAAGUUAAAGCGUAUUGGCAGCUUGAAAGGGAGAAGAUGAACAAAUGCCUCGAUGAAUAUAUCGAGAUAUGUGCACGUUUGAAGGUAAGAGCUGAGAAACUAGUGAUUGAGACAGAAGACAUUGGCAAAGGGAUUGUGGAGCUCAUAGAAAAACAUGUGAUCACCAAACUGGUCAUGGGAGCAGCAGCAGACAAAUAUUAUUCAAGGAAAAUGAAGGAGCUAAGGUCCAAAACAGCGCUGAGUGUACAGCAGCAGGCUGAUCCAUCAUGCAAGAUCUGGUUUGUUUGCAAAGGGAAUCUGAUCUGCAUGAGAGAUGCUGGUCUAGGUGGAUCUGGCAUAGUGCAGUCGCCCACAGCCAGCUCAAGUUCCAGGUCCAGCCAAUCUGAACUGAGAUCAAAAUCCUUGCCCCAAGGGCAGAGUGAGUUCCUGAACUUGCUCCCCAAAAGUACGCAGAAAGUUUUAAGAUCGGUAUCUGUCCAUUUCAAUUUCAAUUCACAAGAAGAGGCAACGCCCUCAGCUUUACCUCAUGAAGACCUUGCCAGAAGUCCACGUUGCAGUAAGGGGAGUUUUAGUGAUCCCUGGGAGGCGAUCUCAAGGAGCUCACAGUGUUCAGAACGUUCGCUGUGUCCUGGGAGUGAAGAAGGCCGGAGCAACGUGGUUUCGUUCUCAGCGCUUGAGGAGGAGGGGAGACAAGAGGGAACAUCAAAUUUGCCGUCACCUUAUGAGUCUGAAGAGAAUCGUCAGUCUGCAUCUUCCGGUUUGGAUGAUGUUGGAAUGGAUGAUGAUGUGUACGAAAAACUGCAACAUGCACUCAUGGAAGCAGAGGCUUUGAAAGAUGAAGCUUACGAAGAGUCUCGCAAGCGUCGGAAGGCUGAAAGAGACUUUUAUGAGGCUGCCCGAAAAGUCAAAGAAGCAGAGAAUUCAUAUACCAGAGAGAUGAAACAGAGGAAAGAAACUGAGGAAAGACUGGCAGGAGAAAGGACAGAAUUGGAGAAGUUAAAAAAACAGCGAGAUGAUGUCUUUGAAGAACUCCAAAAUCUUUGUCAGCAGAAAAUGGAAUUGGAACUCCAAAUUGCUGAUUCCGGUCGCAUUGUGAAGGAUUUUGAAGAAAAAUUAUCAGAAGCUCAUCAUCUCCUCAAUUCACUGCGAUUAGAGCAUGAAAAGUUGCGGAGAGAGCGGGAUACUGCAGCUAGAGAAGCUGAAGAGCGGAAUCAAAAGGAAGUAAAGGUUACCAAUGGUGCUCAUGGAAAAGCAAGCUUCUCAGAAUUCUCUUAUGUGGAGUUGAAACAAGCGACUCUGGACUUUGAUGAUUCAUUAAAGAUUGGAGAGGGAGGAUAUGGAAGUGUAUACCAAGGUUUCCUUCGCCACACGACGGUGGCUAUAAAGUUGUUGAAUCCUCAAAGCACGCAAGGACAGUCAGAAUUUCAUCAAGAGGUUGAUGUUCUGAGUAGAGUAAGGCAUCCUCACCUUGUCACGCUAAUAGGAGCAUGCCCAGAAGCCUGGGCUCUCAUAUACGAGUUCCUUCCAAAUGGAAGCUUGGAGGACCGCCUUGCCUGCCGAAACAAUACCCCACCUCUCUCUUGGCAGACUCGCACCCGCAUUGCUGCAGAGAUCCGCUCUGCGCUGAUCUUCCUUCACUCCAACAAACCCCAAAGUGUGGUCCAUGGUGAUCUCAAGCCAGCUAACAUUCUCCUAGAUGCAAACUUCACUAGCAAGCUUGGUGACUUCGGCAUCUGCCGGUUCCUCGUCCAGUCCAACACCAGCACGACCCCCUACUGCCACACCCAUCCCAAGGGCACCUUUGCCUACAUGGACCCUGAGUUCCUUACCUCUGGGGAGCUCACACCACAGUCUGAUGUCUACUCCUUCGGCGUCAUAAUCCUGCGCCUUUUGACAGGAAAACCGGCAUUCGGAAUUGUCGGUAAGGUGAGGGAGGCACUGGAAAAAGAAUGCUUGGAUGAGAUACUGGAUCCUUCUGCAGGGGGCUGGCCUUAUGUGCAGGCCAAGCAGUUGGCUCAGGUAGGCUUGAAAUGCUGUGAGGUCAAAAGGAAGAGACGUCCGCAUCUUGCUGGUGAGGCUUGGAGGGUGCUCGACCCCAUGAUGAAGGCUGCUUCUUCCAUGGGGCCAUCUUGUUUACCAUUUUGGUUGAAAGCUUCAGAGGACAACAACUGCAUCCCAUCCUACUUUAUCUGCCCAAUAUCUCAGGAGAUGAUGAAGGAUCCACAUAUAGCAGCAGAUGGCUUCACAUAUGAAGCUGAGGCAAUAAGAGGAUGGUUUGACAGCGAUCACGAUACAUCACCCAUGACCAACCUCAAGCUUCCCCACCGUGAACUUCUCCCCAACCAUGCCCUUCGUUAUCUGAUGGAACAAUGGUUGCGGCAGCGAAAUAUUUCUUCGGUUGCAUCCCCCAACCCUACUUAACUAGUUUGCACCUCACUCCACAUCAGAGACAUCCUAUUUGGUGAUGUAAUUGGUGCUCAUAAGCUUUUGCUUCUUAAGUUAGUUGUAUUAUUGUAUACAAAGCAGAUUUUAGAUUCGUAGUUUCUUGUAUAUUUGAGUUCAGUAUAUAUACAUAGAGCGAGAGUUCGCAUUGUCCUUAUAUUGAAAAGAUACGGGAUGUAUGAAUUUGUUUUGUGUUUCAAGCUCAUCAAAGUAGUUCAUUUCCUUGUA